AUGUUGCUUCCGUUCAACAUGUACGACUUUCCGCCUCUCACGUACAAUGCUACUGAUUCCGGUAUUGGUGAUGAGCAGCCGAACUAUAGUCGUCUCAUGUGUCAGGACAUGUUCAACGACCAAAACAUCUCAGUUACUGGUAUCGACGAUAUCGAUGGAACAGGAGGCACGUCACAGACAGCCCAUCCGUCUUCACGCGAUGCAGCCGAACUGGGCCAGGGUGAUCGUUACGAACUUCAAGUGAAUGGUAGCACUACGUAUGACCACGAUUCUAGAGUAAGUUCCCUUCAACGGUUUUCUUAUGGACAAGAGCCACUAAUCCCUACAAGCCAGCUAAUUUUGCGGAAGUUACUACAGAUGGAGGCCACGGUAAACAGGCUAGAACAGGCGAGAAAAGAGGGCGUAGACAAGACACUUAACGAAAGAAUGAACAUAUUGGCCGAAAGGCUAGAUAAAAUGGACGUCAGGGUCAAUGCCUUUGCCGGAAUCGUUGAUGAGCUACUUGACCUGCCAGACAAGGUCGAAAAUCUCUCAAAAUGGAUGAAUGACUUGGGCAACACCUUUCAGAGGGAGAAAGAAUGGAUGAAUAACUUAAUGUCAGGGGUAGAUGACGCCUGCAAGAGGUUUCGCUACCUAAUCUUCGGCUUAUCCCAGCCGCGCGGUCGAAACAGGCUCGGGAAUGGGCAUGAGAAGGAGCAGGAAAAUGAAGGGUGA